GAGAUCACAGACACUCACGUGAUUGUCAGCGUCCCUCAUCUGUCUUCCUUUGGUCUAGUCUGGGACAUUUUAGGGAGGUUAUGGAACAACAUGAAAACAAUUAAUGGCCAAGUUUUGCUGUUCCUCCGACCACCAAACCCACAAACACAGAGGCAGAACCUCAAUGUGUUUCUCCUGCCGAGCAACGUCCCUCUGGAGGAGGUAAGUGCAAAACAGCGAAAUUCUGAGUACAUCCAGGCACCUUCCAAAUGCAAACUCAUCAAAGACCAAAGCUACACUGUUCACUGUCCGGUGGCCUUUAAAGUACAGCCUGAGAAAGAAGAUUUUGACCUGGAUUUUGGACCAAAUUACCACCCAAUAUUUGAGGUCCGUCUGCCUACAAACAUAGAAGAAGCAGCUGUAACAGUCCGAGACCAAACAAGUACAGAUGUGUGGAAGCACGAAGUUGAGCUUACCGGUCCAAGGAGGAUAACUGUACAGAGGAGCCUCCCAGCAGAGGACAGCCUUCCAGCAGAGGACAGCCUUCUAGCAGAGGACAGCCUUCCAGCAGAGGACAGGCUGCUCUUAGUUCGCGGGCAGUUUGUUAAAAGAGUGUCUGAAUCUGUUCUAAAGCAGCUUCUGGACAAACUUCUUGAGCGUGGCGUUAUAAAUGAUGAUGAAAUGCAGUCAGCCCAAACCAAAAGCAAAGCAGAUAAAGCACGAGACGUGAUGGACACAGUGCGAAGAAAGGGGACUGAAGCCAACUCUGUUCUGAUCGCUGCCCUCUGUGAGGUGGAUCCAUGCCUUUCCAGAGUGCUCACCUUAAGAUGAAGCUAAAGCCACAAACUGUUGACUGUGAGAAUGAAUUUCACAUUAUUUACACGGCUUCACCAACUGUUGAGUGUCUGUUAACAGUGAAAGAAGCAGAGAGGGAUUUCAGACAGUGAGGACACAGGGUGGAAGCUGAAGGUCUCACUGUUUACAGUCAGAUCCAGAGUCUUCUCCAUCUCUGGUGCAGCUGAAUGUCUCUUCAUUCAGCUCCACAGUUACAGAUGGUCUCAGUGCUUCUGUCUCCUGUGCAGCAGUAAUGAAAAGGUUUGAUUCCUCAGGAUCAGAAGCCAAAGCACCUGCAAAACCAGCCUCUGUUAGGGGUAGACGGGGUCUCCCUCCUCCUCUUGUUCCUGCUGUUUCAGGAACAGGACAGAGCGUGGGGACAUCAUGACUUACCUGUGUUGACGAACGUUUACCUGUUGGUUUGGUUUACUCACGUCUGUUGUCUUACCUGUGCCCCAGGAUCUCCAGCUCAAACAUUUGCUCAGCUGGUCUCUGGAGACGUGGUCCCCGGCUCUGUCCUUCACCAUCUGUGGAAGGAACCUGGACUCACGUCCUCCCUCAGACCACAGCAGCCUGAGCCGUCUGCCUGAACUCCCUCUGAGCCUAAAGCCUGACUCUCAGAACAAAAUGAAACAGUUGAACUGCCUUUUGUCUCUGCUCUGAGUUCUGUUCUGUUCUUUGGGUCUAGUCUUAGAAAUAAAGUCUCAUGAUUCUGA